GAAUGAAAGACAACGAACGACUUGUUUCACAAAAAGAAAGCGCAAAACUAAGCAUUGUUGAAUCAAAGAAUGCAUGCAAUUUAGCCAAUGCAAUUAGGCAUUAGUAUGAUGUGGCAUGCAGGUAAUCCACUCUUGUCACGGGCUUGAGCUGCUUUUGUCCCCGGAUUGAACUGUCAUGGCUGCCGUGCGCUGUUGACUGAUUCUGGUUGGACGGGAGGCGGAAAAGGGCUGGCUCUGUACAUCCAAAAUGGACAGAGUCGACGCCAAACCUGACGCUCAGGUUGGGAAUGAAGAGAGGAGCAUUUGGCAUAAACGCCUGCGUCUCAGGAAGUCCUCUUUUUCAUUUCCCAAUGAACAAAACACUGUGAAAGAGGAAAAGAAUGUUACGCCGCAUGGACAGAAAGAAACAAAGAAGUUUAAGAAACCACACCUUGUGAACACUUUCAUCUGCUCUGCGUGCAACGACGGCAUCUCCUUUACACCCGGCGAAUUAAUGAUGCAUUUUACGAUUGUCCACGGAGGCAAAGGAAGCCCACCGAUGUUUCCAUGCAACGUGUGUGGUUUCUCAACGCCAGUGUUCACUACGCUUCAACAGCACCGAAUGCAUCACAAGGACUGUUUGUUCACUUGUGAGAUUUGCAAUGACAACGUCCAGCAAACGCUUCCCCAACUAACCAAACAUUGUCAAACUCACCAUUCUCUGAAUGGUCAGUACUACUGUCCAAAAUGCAAACUCUCCAUCCAAGAGAUUGAGGAGUUUAUAUGUCACUCGUGUUCGGCACCAAUCAUGAGCAAUAGUGAAGAAAGCAUUAACUUGAGGGCGGCACAAAAAAACAAUCUCCUAAAGCACAUGGCUGCUGCAUGUCGCCAAAGGUGGAGCAGAAGAAAUUGGUGGAGAAAACGGGCACAAGUCUGCAAACAACACAAUAAACCGUCCCAAGAGUUUAAGAUAUCGCUUCCAAAACCAGAACCCCAAUGGGCAUCCCAAUUAUUACCAUUAUCCACACCCGGUCUACUGGACAACCAUUGCUUGUUAAUGGACCCAGAGAAGACCUUGGAGGAAACGCAGCAGUUUCUUGAAAGGACAGUUAGUGGUGGUAAUAAGUGGCCUAUAUCUCUCAAAAGCGAGCUUGAUGUUGUUCCUCUUGUGCCGACGACACAAGCGAAUGCUAAGCGAUGUAACGCGCCAGGCCUGCGGCGCACUGGGAAAGAUAAGCUAACCGGACUUAUGGAGAAGAACAAUAUUACUGUCCCCCAAGAUUGCACUACAAAAGUGGUCGGGUUCAAAAUGGUGGACGGCAAAAAGCAUUUAGUUCUCAAAGUCAUUCCUUCAAACAAGCAGCACGAUGUUUCGACUCCAAGGGAAUCGGAUCGUGUUGAACCUCACACUGUGAAACCAACCAAUCAACCCAUCGCUAAACCAAUCGAAUCCAAUGAUACUUCAACUAUCAAUGCCUCAGGAAACUGUUCUCAUGCUCAGGUGACAUCCAGAAGGUCUUCAUCCCAAAGAAAGAAGUGCGUAGCUCAGCGGGACUUUUUGUCUUCAGUGCUUGAACGGAUAAAUAGCCAAGAAAAAGAUGGCUGCAUCAAUCAGGAACCCACUGACUGCGAUACACACAUUAAUCUUAACGUAUGCAACGCCAGAGAGACCGAAACUGAGGCGACGCAAAUGCAUUCUUGCUCCGAAGUGGAUAUUCAUGCAAAGAGAGUGAAAGACUCCCAAGCCCUCAGUGAAUCCGAGGAAAACUUCACCACAUGCCAAGGAGAUUCAGGCUGUCACAGUGAUCUGACCUCAGAUACAGGCUCUUCGGAAGAGAGAAGUAGUUCUCGACUCCUUAGUGCAGCGUUUGAUAAAGAACACAACCUUACACUAGAUUCAAACCUCAUUGGGCUUCGUUCAAACACAGAUUCGUGCUCCAUCUCAGGGUUUGAUUGCAUUAGUCCAUCCUCUAGAUCUCCCCUGAAGGAUUUGGCUGAGACGUUGUGUCAUUUUCAAAGUGAAGAUGAGGGCCUGUUAUUUCACAGUCGUGCUGACGAGUGCACAAACAACACGGACCCCAGGGAUUCUCCGGUCCCGGUGGGUCAGCGCGACUGUGAGAGGGAAACCGCUCCAGACCUGGAUCAGACGGUGGAUGAGCUGCCUUUAACAACAAGCAGCCGUUCGCUGGAUGAAGCGCGAGUGGAUCAGACGAUAUCUGCACGGAACUGCUCUGAUGAUGAACCUCUGCCAGAUUUAACAUGCACUGGAGGUCCAAACCAGCAAUCCAAGCCAGUCGACACCAGCAUCAUCUUUCCUGAUGAUUCAAACUCUUCCACAUGUGUAUCCCGGGAGUCAAGCGGCCCUCUUGCAUCACUGAACAGAAAGCGCAUGGGAGAAACGUCCUCUCCGGACUCUCCAAUCAGUAAAUCCCAGAAGCGUUCGACUCGAGCCUCUGAAGACAUCACAGCAUCAGACCUCCACUGGCAACCGGUGGCUCGAGACGUUCCCACAACCCUUCGACUGAUUCCCUACAGCUCCGUACAAUCCGUUCAAAUCCCACGGGAUAACCAGCCGGUUAUAGUUCUCAACCAUCCCGACACUGAGAUUCCCGAGGUGACAAACAUCAUGAAAGUCGUUCACAAGCACAAAGACGCCGUGCAACGGGUCGUGCUGUCUCGGAAAACUCUCCGAGCUCUCUCGGAUUUCAACGGCGACGACUUCCCGAAUAACCUCAUCGGUAACUGCCAUGCAUCCCAUUUCAGGAGGGAACGGCCGAACGGGACGGUUAAGGAAAGAUUCAGCUUGAAACUGAGGCUUAAAAGAGUGUGUGGAAGGAAGUAUACCGUGGUACCAACAGUAUCCGAACGCAUUGUGCUUCAGCCAACGUUUAGAUGCUGGUUUUGUGGGAGGAUUUUUAGAAACCAGGAAGCUUGGGUGGGACACGGACAGAGACAUCUAAUGGAAGCAACCCGAGGCUGGGAACAGCUCUUUAACAGAUAGAGGAAUC